UAAAAAACCGUGGCGCUGUUUUUGGAUCCUAAACAAUUAAAUGUAGUUUGUGUGCGCCUCACACGAACCAACGUUCUUCUUGUUCCUACCGGGUUAGUUUCUACCCGGUGUUUAAACGCAGACGGACCGCAGCAACAUGACAGCAGCUGAUGGAAACACGGCUGAGAAUGUGACAGAAGCGGCUCAGGGAGAUGAAGAGGCCAAACUGCAGAUGUUACAGGGUGCAGCAUUUCUGACCACGGUGGCGUCUGCCGGGAUGAUCGCAGGAUUUGGCUCCACGUUGGCGCUGGCCAAGAAAAAAAGCCCAGACUGGUUUAAUAAGGGAGUUGCUGCGACGGCGGCCGUCCCAGAGAGCGGAGCGUCGCUGGCCCUCAGAGCUCUGGGGUGGGGGUCUCUGUUUGCCUGGGGGGGAGUUGGUCUGCUCAGUUUCACCGUGUGGAAAAUCCUUGGUGUUCACUCUUUGUCAGAGUUCAGACAGAAGAUGCAGUCCUUCUUCCCGUCCAUCCCAAAGUCUGCCGAGGCCUCAGCUGGACCUGAACCUCUGGACUGGGACUUGGUCUUCAAGUCAAAGUGACGUCGGCCUGCUGCUGGAGGACGAAUCAAAAGAGACAAGAUUUAAAAAAUAAAAACUCAACAGCUGUUUGUGCUGGUUCCUCUGGAGGGAGCAGAUUCUGGAAACUCCUCUGGACCUGUCCCGGUCCCAGUCCUGGUCCCCAGAAUCCCAGUCCUGGUUGAAAAUGGUUGAGUACUUGUACAGGUUUGAGUUUUUGGUCUGACCUUGGAGUUAAGUUUGUUAAGUUGAAAUCUCUUUGUGUGAAUUAAAGGAAAAUUAUUUUUAUUUUCUAACGUUAAUAAAGUCUUUGUAAACAUG